CGCCGCGACCCUAAUGCAAGGCUGUGAUCGAUGAUCGAGAACGACAUUCUGAGUAGCGCCAUGACGCUGCAGGACUACACCUGUCAUAGCCGGCGAGGACAUAUAACGCGCUCUCUGCAUCGCAAGUGCAUGGACGGCGCAAAAGCUAACACUCGAAAGGGGCACCACAGUCGACUGCCAUCAUGCUGAGCUUCGCUAUCGUCUCAUUCAUUGCCAGUGCCAUCUCCAUCGCUGCCUUACCAUUAGAGAUCCGGCAGUCUUCCACAUCAGCUUAUUGCAGCGACUACAAUGGCACAUACAAGCUCAGUGCCAUUACUGCCCCUGCCCGUGGUGCCGGCACUCAGCCGUCUGGCACAACAGCUUGGGGUUUGGUGCUCAACGACACUGCAGCUGCGUACCGACAGAACAUUACCGGCUUCGGCGCGGCGGUGACCGACUCCACCGUCGUCACCUUUAAUCGAAUGUCAAGCACCAAUCAGAACAGUCUGAUCAAUACGUUGAUGACAACAUCUGGAGCGAACUUCUCCCUCAUGCGGCACACGAUCGGUGGCUCCGACAUGAGUGCCACCAACUACACGUAUGACGACAACAAUAAUCAGCCUGAUCCUAAUCUGGCCAAUUUCACGCUCGGUACGAAUGGCACAGCCAUGGCCUCCGUACUUGCCAAGAUGCGGAAAGCUCAGCCUGGAAUGACACUCCUUGGUUCUUCCUGGAGCGCACCUGGGUGGAUGAAGAGAAACAAAGCUCUCACAGGCAACGCCAAAAACAACAAUCUACAAGAUACAUAUCUCAACUCUAGCGAGACCGACUACUCUUAUGCCUUCGCCAACUACUUUGUCAAGUACAUUCAAGCCUACCAGAAUGCUGGAGCACCAGUCAAUGCCAUCACUUUACAAAACGAACCCCUGAACUCUGUUGCUGGCUUCCCGACUAUGUACGUAUAUGACUACGAGAACGCUCUCUUGAUCAAGAACCGUCUCGGGCCAGCCUUCGCUCAAGCAGGCUUGACUACUCAGAUUUGGGCCUACGAUCACAACACAGACAAGCCAUCCUAUCCUCAAACAAUCCUUGACCAUGCAGGCCAAUACGUCAACACGGUAGCUUGGCACUGCUACUCCGGCACCUCAGGAUGGGACGUCCUCUCCUCUUUCAAAGCAAACAACACCAACGUGAUCCAAUACAUGACCGAAUGUUGGACUCCUUCCACACCUCCCUGGUACAACGCCGCAGCAUUCACCAUGGGCCCUCUACAAAACUGGGCUUCGGGAGCGAUGGCUUGGAACCUCGCUGCCGAUGUGAACAACGGUCCUCACAUCUACAAUGGCUGCGCACACUGUACCGGUCUCGUCACCAUCAAUAACGAUGGAUCUUAUACACUGAAUACUGCUUACUACAUGAUGGCGCAGUUCAGUAAGUUCAUGCCUGGAGGUGCACGAGUCCUGCCUGUCGCUGGUGGUGGGAGCAUUUCAAAUGGACAGGCUGUCCAGAGUGUCGGAUCCAUCAAUCCUGAUGGCACGCGAACUGUCGUCUUUCUCAGCACUGUUACAAACAGUGUUUAUAUGACACUCAACACUACCAGCGGUCAGACUUGGAGUGGAACCAUCCCGCCGCAGAGUGUGGUGACUUGGAUUUUGCCCAAGAUUUCUUAAUCGGAUUUUCAUGUUUCAAGGGAAGAAGCAUUUGUUGAAAUGAUGUGAUGGGAUAUAGAAACAGUCACGAGGUUAUGAUGCUAUGCUAUGUGAUGUGUAAAAGGAGUUGCCUCGUGUUCUCUGACCUUGUCUUGUCUCAGCAUGCAGACGCUCGCUAGCCCGCUUUUGGACUCCGGCUGUUUCCUCUGAGAUGUGCACGUAAACAAAGCUCAGCGCCUCCGUUUGUCCUUGACCACAACCUCACUUGCCAGCAGUUGGCAUGCCUUCGAAAAAGCCCUGCAAUGGCGAAGACUUGAUCUCCAGAGUCCAGCUGCUGCACAAGGAAGAGUGGGCUACAGCAGAAGGCGAAUGGCAAACGAGGUGGAGAGGCGAGGACAAUAUGCUCCUCCAACUUACUGUAUGCAACACGCGUAGGAGGAUGAUGUGAACAGUGAGACGUGGACAACGACGUCGACGGCGGCAUGGGCAUGGGUAUGGGUAUGGGCAUGGGCAUGGGCAUGGGCAUGGGUAUGGGUGGGCUCCAAGAGUCGUCCGCAGCUCAACAUUGGAUUGGCAUUGG